CUACUCCUUUGUAGAAGACACCCUUGAUGCAUAUAUAGUUGCAGCAUGUAUGCAUUUACUUGACAUGGCUGAAAUGGAAUCAGAUCCCACAAGGAAACAAGUACUUUUUGAUGCACUUGGAGAUGAACAGAGAUACCAGUUUAUCCACACUAUUGCCGAAGAAAUACUUGAUAAAUAUAUCAAAUGUGUUGAUGAAUUGGACAAUAUUCAGCAGAGGUCUGCAGAACUUGAUCUCAAGAAAAAUGCAAUUGCAAACAUGUAUAACAAGGAGGAAGAAAAAUACAAUUGUUGUUAUUGCAGAAAAAGAUACAAGACAACAGGUCAUUUGACACGACAUUUACAAGCUAAUCAUAAUUGGGUAAAAGAAGUAGCUGACCCACAAUCCUCUAUGCAAGAUUGUAUUGCACUGUACAGGGGAUCUUUUAUGAAGUGUGCUCUUUUACUCAGGGAUACAAACGACGCAUACAAGAUGGCAGAUGGUGACAGAAUAACUGAAAAUGCAAAAUUUCAGUUACUCCUUUCCCAUGUUGGCAGGCACACCAAAUAUCAGCUGUGGCUAUUUCGAUUCUUAGCAUAUAUAGUCGCAUUGCUCUCUCCCCGUAUGUCAUACGAGUACAAAUGGAACUGUACGUCAAAUUUACACGGUGGCAUAGGACACAAUAUUCCAAACGAUAACCUCGUCGAGAUUCAAGUACAGAAAAUAAAAAAAAAAAUUCACGACCAAGGAGCAAACUGUACUUACGCAAGUGCACGAAGAGCAGCACUUACCACUCAAGUGCAACAUGAAAUCAAGGAAAACAUACAGCAUGAAUGCCAUAUGAAAGUAUCCGGUAGUAAGAGACCAGAGGUGUCGAAACUGAAUGACAUUGUUGCGAUGGUCAAAGAACUUCAGUCAGCAAAUGUGAUGGACAAUAUAAAUGGAAGAGAGUAUAAUGCUUUCCCAAAGUUUGCUGAUAUUUACUCCUGUGUCAGAAUCAAUGAACUUCAUGAUUGGAUUUCCAAAGGAAAGGAACGUUUGUCAUAUGAAAUUGUUUGAUUUGUGAUUACAAACGUAUGCAUGUGCAUUUGGUAACCUGAUCUUCGCUCUAGAUCCAAAAUACACAACAUGUCUACAUCGUACUUUUCUGUGUAUGCUGAUUAGGGAUAUGUAUAUGUUUAUAAAGAUAAAAAGACACAAAUAUGAAACAUUAAUAUUAUAUUUACUUUUCUUAACAUUUACAUACUGGCAUACAAUUGUUUGUGUACUGUGUAUCAUAGCUAAAAAUCUCAGGAAGCAAUUUUUAGCCCUUGCAAGUUUUUUUAAUUUGCUGAUUUAAUAUUGUUAUAUA